AGAAAUGAUGGACUUUAAAAUCUUGGACAGUGGCGGUAUUAAACCUGUCUGUAAGUGGAUGCCGAAUCAUGUUCAGAUCAAUGAAUGUGAGGUACACGAGUUGGAGUUGAGUGAGGCCAACUCGAGCAUCGAUGAUGGUGGGGAGACGCAGGAGCAAAAGUUUGCUAAAUUGAUGCGCUCUUUGCCGCACUAUGUACCGAAUCCAUUGUUGCUGCAAGCGGAGGAACUGAAUUUCAGCAAUGACAGCUUGUCUAUCGUGGAUGAAACCUUUGGUGCUUAUCUGAAAUCGCGACGUCUCGACUAUGACAAUGUCUGCUCUGUGCUGAGCACCCUGUUAAGUAUCGAGGAUAUGUCCACUAUGCAAAAAUAUGCUCAGUUAAUGCAGACGGAUGUUAUGGUCACCAAAGUGAGUGCACUUUGCUACAGCUUUAAGCUCAAUGAUACAAUGCUUAGUCCAGAGGAUGUGCUGGCCCCGUCUGUGGAUGAAGUUCUACUUAUACCUAUGCAAAGUUUAUUGGAUGAUCCCCUACCCGAAAAUCCCGUACAGGCACAGCUGCCGCACAAGAGAGAGCAUUUGCCUCGAAAGCAUCCGUUUAGACGGCAUGUUGCUUGUGUUGAAAAAGUGACAUGUCAAAGUGUCACAUUCAAAUUCAAGGACAAAAAGACAUUUCCGGGAGACGAAGCGAUGACUGAUCGUUUCUGCGUUAUCUUCAGGUCUCGUCGUAUACCAUUUCGAUUCAUGCAUCGAGCGAUUCAGCUCUUAGAGAAAAGUCCAGGCGUACGCCGCUAUUUGUUUCCUACUCAGAAGCCCCAGGAAGUGCCCUAUGGUUGCUCCAACUUACCAAAUUUAUCACUUUUCAAUUCUAACAUUGCGUAUAACAUGGAACAACUGCAGGCAGUCAAACAGAUUGUUAACGGUCCCAACGCCCUAGCACCUCACAUAGUUUUCGGACCACCUGGCACUGGCAAAACAACAACUAUUGUCGAGGCCAUUCUACAGUUGCGACUUCACCAGCCACGAAGUCGUAUUCUUGUCACAGCUGGUUCGAACUCGGCCUGCAACACAGUUGCUUUAAAAUUAUGCGAGUAUUUUGCGUAUAAUAAACACUUGAAGGAGCUGUUAAAAGAGCGAGCCAAGGACUCGCGCUUCAUUAACCAGGAUGUGGAUUCUCAUCGUCAGUUAAUACGUGUCUUCUCCCGCUCCAUUUGGGCGAAUGGAUUGGGCUCAGUGAAGCCACUGCUGCUCAGGCAUUCGAAUUGUUCUAAGCGUGUCUAUGAGCACUUUGGUGCAAAUUUAUUGCGCGAAUAUGGAAUUAUUGUUGCCACACUGUGUACUGUGGGCCGCUUAGUCACUGAUAAUGUGGGUAAAUUUAACUAUUUUACUCACAUUUUUAUUGACGAGGCAGGCGCCUCAACGGAGCCAGAGACCCUGAUUGGUAUUAUGGGUGUAAAACAAGAGGAAACAUGUCAUGUGAUUUUGUCGGGCGACCAUAAGCAACUGGGCGCAGUCAUUACUAACAAUCGUGCAGCCGCUUUGGGAUUGGGUCACUCGCUAAUGGAACGAUUGAUGCGCACUGAAUUGUAUGGCGUGGACGCAAACGGCAAUUAUGAUCGCACACUCCAGACAAGACUGCGCCGCAACUAUAGAUCACAUCCGGAAAUCGUUGGGCUCUAUAACAGGCUCUAUUAUAAUGGUGAACUAAUACCUCAGGCCCCGCCAGAUCAGGUCAAUCUGGCAGUCAAUUGGCCCAUGCUACGCAAUCCGCACUUUCCAAUUAUAUUCCAAGCCACGCACGGCGUGACCCAGAAAGAAAUGAAUUCCACAAGUUCGUUCAAUGAGCUAGAGGCUCAGGUGGUAAUCUGGUAUGUUAAGCUCCUACUCAACUACGGUCUCGGCAACAACGUCCGUGUCAAAGAACAGGAUAUUGGCGUUGUGGCGCCCUAUAAUGCACAGGGUAAGGUGAUCAAAGAGUUAUUGCAUAACCAAGGCUACAUGCAUGUGGAAGUGGGUAGUGUGGAGAACUACCAAGGACGCGAAAAAAAUAUUAUUAUUGCCACUCUCGUACGGUCUUUUGCCAGCAUAGGAUUCAUGCGAGAUCCUCGCCGUUUAAAUGUGUUGCUAUCGCGAGCCAAGUCGCUAAUGAUUCUUAUUGGAAAUCCGGUGACACUGCGAUAUCAUCCCGACAUUAGCUACAUAAUCAACGAAUGCAAGCUGCAGGGUAAUUAUCUGUUUAAGGAAAGAGAUCAUACGCAGAGGAAGAAGCAUUACCAUAAUAUAGAGGAAGAACUUCCUACUGAUCAUCCCGAUCUAUGUUAUGAUCAAAUGCCGCAACACAUUUCCGUAUAUUCGUCCCAGAAUCAGAGCCAGCAAAGCAUACAAGAUGAAAGUAGCAGCAACAGCUCCUCAAAUUGCUUAUGUGGCAAAAAAGUCCAAUUCAAGUGAACUAAACAUUAAUAUGGAGACUCUAUUGCAACUGCACGAAGAUUUGAUGCCUUUUGUCUGUCGUUGUGGCUCAAUUACACUUUUCAGCAAGCAAGAACUGAUGCAGCUGCAAGUACACUUAGAAACGAUGCUUACUAGUCUUCAAGGUCCAAUCUACUCUAAUCUAAUUUAAGCACGAUUUGAAAAUGAAGUGUUCAGUAAUUUGUACUCAUGAAUGUUUAAUUAUCUGUUAUUGUCAUUUUUUUAAUAUUUUUUUUUUGUCCUUACCAUGUAUAUAUUUAAGACACUAUUAAAGUUAAUAUCAAUUCGACUGUUUGCGUGAA